AUGGAGUUACUUGUCCGUAUUCAAACCCUUUUUAACCUGAAGGUAUCUUCUCUCCCUAUUCGUUAUCUGGGUCUCCCUCUCUCAUCCAAGCAGCUUACUGUGGCGGAUUGUGACCCUUUGCUAGUUCUUAUCAAAAGGAAGCUGGAUUCUUGGUCUAAUGAGCUUCUAAGCUUGGCUGGAAGACUUUCAUUGCUUUCCUCGGUUAUUGCCGGAAUCGUUGGGUUUUGGACGAGUGCCUUUAUAUUACCAAGGAGGGUGAUUCGGAAAAUCAAUAUUCUUUCAAGCUCUUUUCUGUGGCAUGGCAAAACGGGUAUUGCCUCUGGAGCAAAGGUUGCUUGGAACUCUCUGUGUUUCCCCAAGGAAGAAGGUGGUCUUGGACUUAAGGAUAUAUCGAGUUGGAAUAAUGCUUGUCUGCUGAAACUGAUUUGGUUGUUGUUUUUUCGAGCCGGUUCUAUUUGGGUGGCUUGGAUUCGUCGAAGGUAUCUUACUCAGUCGUCUUUCUGGGCUCUCAAUGAUAGGAAUCCUUCCUUUUCUUGGAUGUUCAGAAAGAUCUUGAAGCUUCGAGCUAAAGCCAUUCAGUUCUUCAGCAUUAAAGUUGGUCGAGGGGACUCUACUUUCUUUUGGUGGGACCCUUGGACUCCGUUUGGUUCUCUCCAUGCUUUUCUAGGUGCAUAUGGACCAUCACGUUUAGGCAUCCCGCUUUCUGCUACUGUUUCUGAUGUUUGGAAUGGUUCGGGAUGGAAUUUACCACCGGCACGAACAGAACGUCAGGUCUUGCUUCAUUCAUAUCUUUUAUCUAUCGGAUGUUCUGAUCUUGCUGAUGGACCGGUUUGGUCUCUUCAAGGAGUUCCUCAGAGAACGUUUUCACUUAAGGCGGUGUGGAAUGAGAUUCGUCCCACUAAGCCAGAGGUGUUUUGGGCCUCUUUACUAUGGCAUAAAGCGGGUCUAGCUCGUCAUCAGACCAUUACUUGGUUAUUCCUUCUCAACCGGAGCCCCACUUUAGACCGGAUGGCUACUUGGGGUUAUGAUACGGAAGGGGUUUGUUUACUGUGUGGUGGUGCUUUGUAG